AUGGCCCUCCAAUUAUCACUCAAAGGGAAACAGCCCCAGCGUCAACCACUGGCAGCAGAGGAACCCACAGAGUCCCUGACGAACGCCUUGGCCAAGUUCAAGGAGGUUCUGACGACAGAGCAAAAGAAACAAUUCGAAGACAGCACAGCGGUCCCCGAUGCAGGCGACGUACUAUUCUUUGUCGCACAGCUGGAUGCUGAGAGUGCGAGCAAAACAAGGCGAAGCAUCAGCCCCCGACUAGAUAAUUUUCUGAACGCAACAUAG